GCGGUGUAUUCCCGACGGCUGCACUCAGGCCCGAACGGCCAACUAACGGUCGAUGUUGUAACAGCCCGGCCGGGGUGAGCAGCGUUACAAUUGGAUUCAACAGAGAGACCAGUGUAUCCAUAGUCUCGCCAGUUGUUGGUGCAGGUCAGAUGGACGUAACCCAUGUGGAUGCGAAACUUGCACCUUAAAAAAAAAUGGAUUUAAUCUUGCUGGCAGUGCUGGCUUGUUUCCUGGUUGGUAGCAACACAGAGAUGGACGAGAGAGGUAAUAAUUGUUUUGUUCAUUUCCAUCGGCUGUGCUAUAGAGUGUUCACAUCUACUCCUGAUGUGCGUUUGGGGGGUGGGAUGGUGGGGGGCGGGAUGAAUUGAUUUAUUUGCUUUGAUAACAUCUUAUAUAAAUUGUUAUACUCUUAUUUCAAAUAAUGGAGUUUACAGAAGACUAUCACUGCAUAAAGAAGAUCAGCGACUAAUCAUACGGUUACCCAUUCUGUCACAGUCUUACAUAUCAAAGUGUGUCAGCGGAUUAUAUCGAUAAUAGCGUAGGAUUAUGACGUGUGGUCUUUUCAUGGAUUUGUAAGAUGCUUGUUUGUAUUUCUAUUGAUUGGAUCAGAUAUGUAAGUAGUGCAGGACAUGCCGUGACCCGUGACGUGACUCAUGACACAUUUGUGUUGGACUAGUCAUCGAGUUAGUCGUUAAAGUUUUUAUUUACAUCUUACGAACAAACUCAAUCCGUUCUCUUUCGAUCUAAUAUGAUAUAUAUAUAUCUAUACAUAUAUAUCUAUAUAUAUCUAUAUAUAUAUAUAUAGAUAGAUAUAAAUAUAGAUAUAAACGAACAAACUCAAUCCGUUCUCUUCCGACCUAAUAUGAUAUAUAUAUAUCUAUACAUAUAUAUCUAUAUAUAUCUAUAUAUAUAUAUAUAGAUAGAUAUAAAUAUAGAUAUAAUCUUUUAGUUUGGUUGAAAGUUACCUCACGAUACUCUGUCUAUUCCAGUAUAGACCUGUCGCAUUGCUUUGUCUGGCCCGCACGAUACUCUGUCUAUUCCAGUACAUACCUUGGGGCGCGUGAUACUCUGUCUAUUCCAGUAUAGAAAUGCUGGAUUACUUUGUCUGGGCCGCAUGAUUACUCUGUCUAUUCCUGUAUAGACUUUGGGCCGCAUGAUACUCUGUCUAUUCCAGUAUAGACUUUGGGCCUCAUAAUACUCUGUCUAUUCCAGUACAGACUUUGGGCUGCAUGAUACUCUGUCUAUUCCAGUAUAGACUUUGGGCUGCGUGAUACUCUGUCUAUUCGAGUAUAGACUUUGGGCAGCAUAAUACUCUGUCUAUUCGAGUAUAGACUUUCGGCUGCAUGAUACUCUGUCUAUUCCAGUAUAGACUUUGGGCUGCAUGAUACUCUGUCUAUUCCAGUAUAGACUUUGGGCUGCAUGAUACUCUGUCUAUCCCAGUAUAGACUUUGGGCUGCAUGAUACUCUGUCUAUUCGAGUAUAGACUUUGGGCCUCAUAAUACUCUGUCUAUUCCAGUACAGACUUUGGGCUGCAUGAUACUCUGUCUAUUCCAGAAAAUACUUUGGGCUGCAUGAUACUCUGUCUAUUCCAGUACAAACCUUGGGUUGCAUGAUACUCUGCCUAUUCCUAGACUUGAUUUAAAUCAAUGUUGAAUAAUGAAGGAACAUAAUACAUUUCUAUCACCACAAAUUUUGUCAUUUAAAGAUUUCUAUUUUCAAAGCGAACUUUAAAAAUUGCUUGGCCUUUAAAGACAUUAUUUGGAAAUAUAGUGGUACCUUUUCGCGACUCUUCAAUUCGUUUCUUAUGAAAUACGCAACAGCUUGGCCAUAAUUAAAUUCAUAACUUUAUUAUGAGAUAGUAUGAGAUAACUGCUCUAAAUACCAAAAAAUCAGAUUUCAUCUUCUUGCGUUGCCAAAUAUGUGCAAAAUGUAAACACAUUUCUAGCAUCAAAACUUGCCACACUGGAAAAUUUAAAUAAGUUGGUCUCUAUGAUAACUCCCUAUUAACGUUAUCGGCGCAGAAUAAAACUAAUACACCAAAAUAUAUUCAUCGUAUGCAAAGUAGGUUUUAAACUUCAAUCUCAAGCAGGAAAUUCUGCCAAAAGAAGUGCACAGCUGGUCGUCUAGUUGUUCCUGUUCCCGAAUUCCAGGAAAACUUACAAUUUCCAUUAGUCGAGAGUUUCAACGCCGCCCCCCCCCCCCUCGUGGCUCGUCCAGACAAGGGGACCGCUCAACUGUCUUGACCAGCGAAUCAAGUCGACCAAGCUACAAAGUCAAUAAGUUUCGAUCCGUUACAAGGAUUUCCUUUUUGUUUUUUCUUCUCAGGACGUGCUCAGCCUCACGUUUAGGCUUAAAGCAAAACCCCAUUUCACGGCGAGUCAGAAAAUCGAAUAUGACCCAUAGACCCGUGUGUCUUCAGCCGAGCAGAUGUCAGGGACAAGACCCCCUAGGCAUCAGGAUUAAUGACCAACAUUGAACUAAAGCUAUCAGCUGGCUUAGAUGUUGUUUUAUUUAAGAAUUAUUCACGUGAAAGCUAGAAUUUCAAAAUUAUUUCCAGUGAAAUCAAGAAAAUUGUGGCAAUGUGGCAAACAAUGGAUACCUCGACAUACUUGAAACACGGUUAAGGUGCUGAAGUAGGAUCCAAAAUUAAACUAAUGUACUUAGUAGUUUUGUUUAUUUAAAAAGAAAAGUUUAUAUCAAUAGCAUGGAUUUCAAUGUUUACAAAAUUAAUUAAUAAUAUGAAACACUUUUAAGAAACAAUUUUAAAUGGUUUGUCACACUUUUUAAUAUCCCUUACAUUUUUAUCUCAACAAAUUUAAAUUAUUAUCCCCACAUACAUUUUUUUUUCAAAUAAUGUUAAUUUUGGCGUUUUCAUUGACCCUCAUUUAACCAAUUCGAUGAAAUCCUCAACACGUCAUUAGAAUUUUGGAAUUUUAAUUUCCUUUUUAUAUGGAUGCCAACUUCCUGUUGCCUGUUCUCUUAAAGAAAUUCAAUGAUUACCUUUGCUCCCUAACAUUCUUUAUUGUCUUUCGUAAUCUCUCUGUCUCUAUCUGACUCUCUUUCUACCACACUCUCCCUUCACUCUCCCCCCCUCUCUCUCUCUCUCGCUAUCACCCCUUCUUUUUAUUUUUAUCUCUUUCUUUCUCUUUCUCUCUCUCUCUCUCUCUCCUUAAGUCACUAAAAUUCUUUUUUGUCGUUAUUAAUCUCUCUUUCUCUCUUUCUUCCUAUCGUUUUCUCUCUCUCCUCUCUCCAUCUCCUCCUCUUCUCUCUCUCCUCACCAGCUCCAUUUUCCCCACUCCCCCUCUCUCUUUCUCUCUCUCUCUCUCUCUCUUUAUAUAUAUUUGCAUACAUCUUUCCAUAUAAUCUCUCAUUGCCUCUCACUUUUUCCCUGACCCCAUUUCCUAUCUCAGCCUGUCUAGUGUAGAAAACAUGUCCGUCCUUUCCCCUCUCCCUCCCGAUAAAGCAAUGAAAAAACAAAAUGAAACUGUCGAGCAGCCGAAUUCCUCCUCUCAAGUUUCAAUAAUCUUGUCUAGAGGCAAGCCUGUCUACUACAGCAGUUAUUGAUCCAGUGCCCACCGUAACCCUUCCCUUCCCAAAAUUAUAACGUUUCUUUCAAGCACUUUGUUUCAUCAGAUAAUUUUCGCUCUCUCUUUCUCACUCUUUCUCUCUCUUUCUCUCUCCCUCUCUCUUACUCUCUCUCUCUUACUCCCUCUUACUCUCUCUCUCUCUCUUACUGUCUCUCUCUCUUACUCUCUCUCUUUCUCUCUCUGUUACUCUCUCUCUCUCUUACUCUCUCUCUCUCUUUUACUCUCUCUCUCUCUCUAUUUUCCUUUCUCACUCUCACCCCUGUGUCUCUCUAAACCACUCAUGCGCAAACAAACUUUCUCGCUAUCUCACUACUCACACUAACCAUAACAAAGAGGCUUUCAUUAUGUUACACGCUGUUAUUUUUUUUCUAAAAACACACCGAUUACAUUGACAUGCAUAUUCCAUAGACGCUUAGGGCGAUACAUCAUGUCAAAUAUGCUAAGUAUCGAUCUAUCCUAAUCGUCCAUAUAGUGUUAUCUGCCCGCAUGUGAACUCCUAAAGAUUUCUUAUUUGUGCAGACUGCAUCGAUAUUCUAACACUCCGAGUCAUCAGAGGUUUGAUUCGAUCAGUUCAAGGACGAAGAGAGAAUUUGAGGGGGGGGGGAGGGGGCGUGGCCUGUGAGCUCAGAAUGUUAAAUGGAGACAGGAGACACAUUUUGGAGACACAUUAGGAGACACAUCAGUAAAUAAUUAGGGUUAGGUAGAGGAAUAAAUGGGGAGAGAGACAUUGGAGCUGUAUGGCGGUGAAUGAGAUCCCGCGGGAAAGGAUAAAACAUCAAAAUAAAGGACGCACGAAUUACAUAAUAUACAAUUUGAAAGAGAUAACGUACUUAUUACAUAUACAUAAAAUGUCUACCAGUAUUUUAUUUCCAAUUGCCGAAUAGACUUCACCUUACACACACAAAUAAAUAAAUUAUGCUUAGAUAUGAUUAGCCUCGACUCAACUCAGACCAAAACUUUAUUUUAAGUUUGUAUUCCCACAUUGAGGUUAAUCCGUUGAAAAUAAUGUAAUAUAAUAUAAGCUUAUUUUAUUGAUCUAAAUAAAUGAAAAUGUUUUAAUUACAAUGCACAUAAUAACAUUCAGCACAUAAAUAAAUACAUAGUGUAACUAAGACGACAUUUUUACAACUAUAACAAUGUCAACACAAGGAAUCUUGUAUAUUUAUCGAGCGUAGAAAUCUGCCAUCAAUGAACUCUAGUGACAGUAAUGACUUAAUUAUUGAUCAUUUAGAUCUGGUAAUCACUGAAUGAUAGUAAUAUUAACGUUGAAAAUUAAUUAUAAGCUUUAAAUGAAAAUGGAUUUUUAAAAAAAAAAUAUGUCAUUAGAAAAGCUUUCACUUGACUAGGUUAGUUGUGUGACUUGACUAGGUCAAUUCUAUUACUCUGACUAGGUCAUUUCUGUACAUUUUACUAGGCUAGUUCUAAGACUUUGACUAGGUCAGUUCUGUAACUUUACCUAGGCCAGUUCUGUGCCUUUGAAUAUGUCACAUCUUUGACUUUGACUAGGUCAGCUCAGUGUGUUUGAUUACGCCAGUUCUGUAACUUUGAUUAGGCCAGUUCAUUGGCAUUGACUAGGCCUCCAUCUGAAUGCUGACCAUCGAGAUGCGGGCAUCAUUGUGAGGUCAUGGCAAUAAUAAUUAUAUUAUUUUUACUACUGCAAUAAGCUCAAUACAGAAUUUUAUUCAAGACUUAUCAAUACAACUUAAUAUGGAAUAAACCUUAACACUGGAUUAACUUUAUAUAUAUAUAUAAAUAUAAAUAUAUAUAUAUAUAUAUAUAUAUAUAUAUAUAUAUAUAUACCUAAAUAUAUAUCUAUACUUCUUUUAAUUCGCAAAAUUUUAAAAUUAUCUUGUUUGCAGUUGUAAUAGACUGCUUAUAAUUCAUAAUAUAGGUAUACAUCUAUAAGGCCAUAAUUUCUAAUGCUUGUAAUUUUUAUAGGUUAAAAAAAUUACUUCUACAAGAUGCGGUUAGCCAAGGCACGAACACGUCCACUCAUUGGAUAUUUGUUUAUGUCACCAUGCCCUGGAGUCAAUGAAAUAUUUAUUUCUGUCACCAUGCCCUGGAAGCAAUGAAAUAUUUAUUUCUGUCACCAUGCCCUGGAAGCAAUGAAAUAGUUAUUUCUGUCACCAUGCCCUGGAAGCAAUGAAAUAUUUAUUUCUGUCACCAUGCCCUGGAAGCAAUGACAUAUUUAUUUCUGUCACCAUGCCCUGGAAGCAAUGACAUAUUUGUUUCUGUCACCAUGCCCUGGAAGCAUUGAAAUAUUUAUACUCCUUGGAGACUUUAGUGAUCUCUUCAAUAUUAACCUUAAACUUAUUUUAAAAAAAAUAAUUUCUCACUUUAAAUUUUAAUAAUAUUAAUAAUGUAUUAUUAUUGGUAGGCCGAACAUUAAUAUUGGUAGGCUAAACAUUAUUAUUGCUAGUCUAAACAUUAUCAUUAGUAGGCUAAUCAUUGUUAUGUGUGUUACUGUUUAUUUAUGAUGACAUUUUUUUUUAAAUUUGUGUUUGGGUGACUUGUGGUACAAGCGAAAAAUCAUCAAGCUAAUAGUGGAUUAUUUAAAAAAUAAAUAUUAGUUUUAACUUCCCUUUAGUGUGCUUUGGGCUAAAUUUUCGGAGUGCUCAUGAACCCAUUUCCCAUCAACCUAUCGAGCUGAAACUUGCCACAUAGACUCGCUGCCGAUGACAACACAUUCUUUCAAUUUUUCAGCCCCAUCCAACAACCCCAAGCCCCCACAAAUAUGUUUUCCCAGGGGGGCGAUGAAGGAAAUAUGAUGGCACUAAUGUCACUACACAAGAUUCUUUUUUAAAAUAUCUCAAGUUCAUCUUGUGCGUAGUUUUUUUUUUUUCUCUUAAAUAGUCGGUGAAAUAAAUCUACGAUCGAAAUGCGGGUGAGACAUUAGUAUUAAUAUAAAAUUAAUUUAUAAAAACAAUGUUUAUAAAAGAUUUAUACGAAAAAAAUUGUUUUUUAAGUGUCGUUUUAUUUUCUACCUUUAAAAUGUUAUAGUACGCGUCGUAGGAAACCAUAGUGCCCCAGUAAUUUUGUAUGAACUUGGUGCUUUUAUGUGGCGGGGUUGUGUAGGACUUCCUGUUAUAAAUCAUCACCCUUAUACAUUUGCAGCUUCUCCCUACCAGAAGACAAUGUCUUAAAUGUAUCCGCUGCACUUCUAACUUUCGUUUUCAACUCAAUCUCCCAUUUGUGACAAAUGCGGGUAUUUGCUUUUAGGCCCAAUUUCUACGUCUUUCCAGUGCUAAGAUGCAUGCGAUAUAAAUCACAGGACACUUCACCCAGCUGAUUAAGAAAACAACGAGCCACCAUCCAUCGCUAAUACAUUCUUACCAUACACCGCUAACACAUAUUCUUAUCAUCUAUUGUCUCAACGCAAUUUUCGAUUAUUUUUGUGUGUUUUGUUUUCAACAUAUAAAAAUGUCUCCCACCUUAAACAAACAGUUGAAUCGCGUUAAACCCCUUCCCCUGGAUUUCCCCUGGCCAGCAGCACUUAAAAUAAUUACAAAUGAACCCUUACCAACCAUUUUGUCUGUUGACUUAUGACCAUCACCAUUAUAUAGAUCGACCAGUAUAUACGAGGAAACGCCAAGAAGUGGCUGUGAUGUCAAGGGUGAUGUCAUUGUCUAUUAUGGUUAAUUUAGAGACUUAUUGGCAGUGAAUAGAUCAGCACUAGGCUGGGGGGCCGCGCUAUAUAAGACCACUAAUUAUUAUUAUUAUUAUAUUCAUUAAGACAUGUUACAGAAACCUUUAUAAUUUUUUUGUCAAGAGUCUCAAAUACCGGUAUGUUUACAUGUGUUUUAACUAGGCCUACAUCAUUGCCUAGUAUUCCGUUGUCUACUUAUUCAAGGUUUAAGUUGGUACAUAGUGGAGUUGGAUAUUGAAUUAUUAUGAUUUGAAAUCUCUAGAAAAGAUUGAUAAAAUAAACAUGUGAGAAAUAAAUAUUUGUUAAAAGAUCUGUAUGAAAACAUCGUAUCAUCAAAGACAUUCUAAUUUUAGCAUUCGGAACCUCAAUGUAUAUUUUUUUAAUUCCAAAGUGGAUUAAAAAAAUGUAAACCACGCAAACAUUAAUUCCUAUUCUGCCUUAAUUCGUUACCGGUUUUUUUAUAUAACCCUGUGUAUACCUGAACUGUCAUUUCUGAUUAUUCGCCGGGAUGUCUUCCUAAGUCAAUAAAGGCUUCUCUUGUAUAGAAAUUGAGACCGCGUUAAAAAGAACUGCAUGAGCAGUCUUGGCGUUUUAAGGAUUAUAAUACUUGACGCAGUAUUCAAACAAGAAUGCUGGAGGUGUCAAAUUGCAGUAGAUUAUUUCCUGAAAAGUGCCCAUGUUUAAAAGCUUAUGUUUCUGAUUCCCCUCGUAAUGGAUCCAUUUGUAUUCAGACCUAGAUGAACGUAAACUCAAUUACGACCUGUUCUUCAAAAACGGCUACAACAGUCUGAUUCGACCAGUGGUCAACACAAGUGACAGUCUCCAGAUAUCCUUCAGCCUUGCGCUCAGUGCUAUUAUCAAUGUGGAUGAGAAGAAUCAGGUCAUCAUCACCAACGUCUGGUUGCAGAUGGUCAGUACCGUCUUGUGUUUUUUUUGGAUACAAUAUCAAUGAUUUCAAUAAAUGUAUUGAAAAUUGAAUUUUCGUGUCCUGCCCUCUAACUCAUUUAGGUUAACAACGCUGCUUCAUGUGAAAUCAAAAAGUUCAGUGUCAAUAAAUCGUACUUAAAGUGUAUGAUUAGCUGAAAACAAUCUGAGACGUCAUAUAUUUUUUUAUUUACUAAAAUCCACGAACGUAUCUAGAUUAAAGCAGUUAAUACCAAACAUGUUUUAGGACCAAAAAAUUAGCAAUUAAUUUAUUUUCAGCUAAUUCUGAUUAAAUUAAAUUACACUUGUCAGUUUUCAUCCCUCUAAAAGUAUCAUUUAUAUUUCACAAUUGUUUUCAUGCAUCCCUCUAAAGGUAUCAUUGAUAUUUCACAAUUUUUUUCAGUAUUGGAAUGACUAUCAACUGGUGUGGGAACCUAAGAAUUAUGGCAACAUUACACAGAUCAAGAUAGACAACAAACACAUCUGGGUACCUGAUGUUGUACUCUUUAAUAAGUAAGAGAUAUUUCAAAUGUGGGCUAUUAUUUUGGCUAUUUUAAACGAAGCUCUAUGUUUCAAAUGUUUUUUCUCAUCACGUUUUUAAUUUAUUUUAUGUCAUAGCAUUCUUUAAUUUCCAAUCACUUGCGUUUGUCAAUGCAUAUGUUGGCUAAGCUAAAAGUCAUUGUUUAUUUUUCUUAUAUGUAAUAGUUCAACACCGGCCUCUUUGGUGUGUGACCUGUGCCCUCGCACAGGGAGCCAUGGCCAUAGGGGCGCCUGGGGCACCAAGUUAAUAUUUAAAUUCCUUUAGUUUAUUAUAGUGAAGUGUGAAUCUCGGGUCCGGGGUCAAAAAACGGUAUUCUAACUUUUUCUUACAAUCGCUUUUCAUGCAAUGAAAGUUACACUCUUGAUUUGGAUACUAACACUGGGGUUGGGACCAACCGAAAGGUCGAGGAAAUUAAUCUACUAACACAAAUGGAACAAAGUACCGUAGAAAAACUAAACAGUCUAAAUUAAUGAGCAUUUUAAAUCAUGUACGGUUAGCUAGAUGCAUAGCAUCACAACACGUGCUCCGGAGCUUAAGUCGUAAUCCGAAAAAAUUGCGGAGCCAUACAGGGACAGGGAAAGGGGCGCCGAAUGAGUGCUUCGCACAAGGCGAAAGUUUACCUAAGGCCGGCGUUGAAUAGUUCAUGAAUAAUGGUUUAUAAAUUCUUUUAUAAUCAACAAUCAGUAUUUUAUUAUAUUAUUACACUAAAGAAAUAUGUCUUCUUGAAAGUAACUCUUGUUUGGUCAGUUACUAAAGAAACUCAAGCUAACAAAGUCUACAUGCAGAAAAACACGCAUUAUGUAUUUAAAAUUUAGAAAAUAAUUUUUUUUUACUGAUUAAAUAUAACUGAAAAGUGUAGAAAUGCAAAAAAAAUAAAAAUAAAUGAUCUCAUUAUUAUAUAUUUAAAUGUUUUUUUCUAUUGUCAGUGCUGAUGGUAACUUUGAGCCUUCCUAUAGUCCAAAUUGUGUAUUGGAAUACAAUGGUAAUGUAAAGUUUAUACCUCCUGCUAUCUACACCAGUUCAUGUACUAUUGAUGUGGAGUACUUUCCAUUUGAUCAACAAGUACGUUAAGUUCCUUAAAUUGUAUUUUAAUUUUUUUCCCAUUAAUUUAUCUUUCUGAAUUGCAGUAAGAGCAGAAGAAAUUGGCAAUAGUUUAUGUCAAUAAAAAUGCUUUAAAAUCUCACAUGGCCUUGAUUAUAUUUUAUAAUAAUUGAUGGACUGCAUUCAAGUUGUGUAAAAGAAAUAUAAGAACAUGGUAUGCCAAACUUGAAUUCAUAGACAGGACAAAAUAUUUUGACAUUUGGGCUUAGAGCCUUCAUCAGAAAACAACAAAAAAAGAUGUAGGCUAUAACAAGUAUCAGAUCACAGUUUAAAAAAAAAAUCUUUAUGUAGAUUUCCUUUUGUUGCUGGAAGUAGGAUUACAGAAAGUAAUUUUUAUUUUAAAAUGAUAUUUCCAUUUGAUUAAUUAUAAUUUUGGUAAAUUAAUUGAAAGCUUGAACAUUUUGAAAACUAAUAAAUGUUUUAUACCAAUGGCAUCCAAGUUAAAAAAUAUACUUUUUGUCAUUUUACAUUAACUACACAAAAUUCUAAAACUUGAUAUCCAUUCUCAAUUUUAUUUAGUGAUCUAUAAUUUAUGGAUUCUAGGAAUGUGAAAUGAAAUUUGGGUCAUGGACAUUUGAAGGAAAAACCUUAAAUUAUAAAUUCCAAGAUGGCAACAAUAAUCUAGACCUCAGCGACUAUAUGAAGAAUGGGGCCUGGGAUAUUAUUGACUGCCCUGGAUCUAUUGAAUACAUAAGGGACUCUAUAACACAAGAGGUAUAACAUAUGAUUAACUGGAAUAACAAUAUAUUUAAAAGUAAAUUAAUUGUUGUAUAAGAAUUAAUGCAAAGGGAAAACUAAAUUAUCACUGAGACUCACCAUUACAGAAAGGUAUUCAGAAAUAACUUGAUCUGAACUAUAGUUCUUUCAUCACAAUCUUGAAUCAUAAAACAUCAGGAUUUACAACUUAUUCAAAGUAAAUAAAAUAUAUUAUGUGAUAUUAAUUAUUUGCUUUACUUUAAAUUCUUUUUAUCAUGCUUUAAAAUACCAACUAAUUAACAUAUAUUUUUACUUCUCAAAAAAAAAAAAAAAACAGUUCAAAGAAAUUGUUGUCUUUAAAUUGGUGAUUCGCCGCAAGACACUAUUCUACACUGUCAACUUGAUUAUUCCUUGUUUCCUUCAUGCCUUGGUCUGUUUAUGUGUGUUCGUUCUGCCAGCUGAUGGGUCGGAAAAAAUUACCCUAGUAAUUUCAGUUCUCGUGUCACUUGUUGUGUUUCUGCUCUUGCUGCAGAAGGUGAGUCACAGCAUUUACACUUAAAGCAUUCUUGUGGUUGUAGGUAACCUUCCAGAAACAUAAAUAGAUCUUUAAUUUGUUAAAGUUCUUGAUUGCUCUAAAAAGGUCAACAGGCGAUUAAAGUUUAGGUUAGUUAAAAAAACAAAACACAAAAAAAAAUCUUGUAAUGUUCUAUACAGUCUCUUGAAAUUAAUUGUAAAGAUACAUUUCCUGUGGUGACAAUGACUUAAUAUGAAUUCAGACAAUUUAUUUAAAUGGUUUUAAAAUUAGAUUUGCAAGGAUAAAACUUUUUGAAAAUUUAAUUUUCCUCUUUUUUGCUUUUGUUUCAUAAAAGUCAAAUUCAUAGAAAAUCACAAACUAUAAGCAGUAUUUUGUGUGAAAAGAUAUAAAUAAAUUUAAAUGUUUUUUAAUACUGCAAGUAUAAUAACUUUUUUUUCCUUCCAAUUAUUACAGAUUUUGCCCCCUUCUAUGACAAUUCCACUGAUAGCCAAGUAUUUUAUUUUUACUUUUAUAAUGAACGUGCUAGAGAUUCUUGUCACGGUUUUAAUUAUCUUUGCCAACCACAAAACACCGAGAACUGACAUCAUGCCUAAGUGGAUGUGCUGGCUGUUUCUGUACAAGUUCGUCCCUUUUGUUUAGAACAAUUAACACGUUAAAACAUAUAGAACAUUUUUAAGCCAAGGGAGUUAACAUUUAAUUUAAUUCCGACUUUUUCAAGUUUUUUCAUUCUUAUAUUUUUUUAUUUUUUUUCAAAUUAUUUUUUAUUACUAAGAUAUUGUUUAAAAAUUACAAAAUUAAUUACCCUUAGUUUGCGUUAAUUAAUUAAUACUUCACCAUUUUUUCCACGACUUUUAUAAUAAAAUAAUUAAAAUAUUGUUUAGGCUUCCAAAGUAUUUAUUCAUGGAACGUCCAAACCAUGAUCAACGCUGGCAAGAAAAGAAUUGCACACCUCCACCUUCAUACCCUAAUACUCCUCAGGUGAGAUUUUUCAAUUUCAAAUAAUGUAUUGCAAAAAUUGUUAUUUCUUAAAUGAAUUCUCAUCUCUUACAUUUUGAGCAUUUUCAGUAGGAUUCUGGGUACAGGGCAAAUAUUAAUUUAUUUUGAUUUUAUUUUACUUAAUUGUGUUGCCCUAAAAAUAUUAAUUAUCCAAGUACUUUUAUUUGCUGGAAAAAUAGUUUUGUUUUUAAAAAAAUUAAUAUUGUCAAGAAGGCUAUCAGUCACAUAAACCAAAAAUAUUAAAACUCAUUUUUUACUAUUUACACAUCUAUCAGGUGCCACGAGCAAAUAUAUUCCUGAGAAAUCUUGCAGCUGAAAAUAAGCUAAAGAAAAAGCAUGGAGUUCUGAAUACAGAUUCAAGGUAAUUAAUGGAAUUAUAGCUGUGAAUUAUAAAUUUCAAUAGGCUCCACAUUUUUAAAAGAGAUUUUUAUUUUUGGACAGAUUUACUACCUAAAUAAUUUUAGAUAAUGUUCUUGUGAAUCAAUAUCCAUGGGUACUUAGGCUUGCUUACAUCCCAGAUUGCAAAUAAUGACCUUGACAUUCUACAAAAUGUCUAUUCCAUUUUUAACCGGGAUUUUACUUUAUAAUUGACAUUCUAUGUCUUCUAUUCAAUGCUGGCUCUUAGACCCGGCCAGCAACAAAAGGAAAUGAAAUAUAUAAACAUGAAAACUUUACAUGUGUAGAACUGAAUUUUAGUUCUAAAAGAGAAACAAAACAGACUUGUUCUAAAAAUACUUACUGAAAUUCACUCAUAGCACAAUUUUAUAUGAUGUAACGUAAACUUACUUCUUAUUGAACUGUUACAGGGAGAAUGAAAGAGUCAUCGCAUGGAGACAGAAGUUCAGCAAGAGUCACUCACCAGGUGCCAGUGGUGUCACUGUGUCAUCUUCAGCUUCAGGCAGCCAUCUUUCUUCAGAUGGUUAGACAAUUUAACAAAACAACUUACCUAAUAUUCUAAUAUCUUCCAUUUUCUUGUUGUUGCAAAAAUUAGCCAAUUAGAAUUAAUAUAGCACACUCUCCUAAAACCUUUUAAUCUGAAAACUUGUGCAGAAGUAAUUUUGUAAAAAAAAAUAAUUUUAUAAAGUUAAAUAGCUUUGUAAAAAUUAUUUUGCUAACCACUUAUUCACAAUGCAAAGAAUAUGACAGUAAUUAACGGAUACAAAGCUUUUAAAAAUGUUAUAGUAAUAUUUGUAUGUAAAGGAAAUGAAAAGAGAAAACAAGCUUUGCAUAAUAUUGAACUUAGUAAUUUAAGAAAGGUAAUAAACAAUCUAUGUAUAAUAUAUAACUAAGUAAUGUAAGAAAGGUAAUAAACAAUCUAUGUAUAAUAUAUAACUAAGUAAUUUAAGUAAGGGAAUAAACAAUCUAUGUAUGAUAUAUAACUAAGUAAUUAAAGAAAGGGAAUAAACAAUCUAUGUAUAAUAUAUAACUAAGUAAUUUAAGAAAGGUAAUAAACAAUCUAUGUAUAAUAUAUAACUAAGUAAUGUAAGAAAGGUAAUAAACAAUCUAUGUAUAAUAUAUAACUAAGUAAUUUAAGUAAGGGAAUAAACAAUCUAUGUAUAAUAUAUAACUAAGUAAUUUAAGAAAGGGAAUACAUUCACAUUUAAUGUUACAUUGAUAUCACUACUUUGGUUUUAAAACUGAAUCUCUUAUAUGUUAUGCUACUGGCGUGACUCGUGGACUGCUUCAUAAUCAGUGAAUUCGAUAUUGAGAGUAUAUUACAAAUAAUUUAAAUGCUUGAAAGAAAAUAUGGUUCAAUAAUUAGUUCAAUAUAAUUCCCGAUAACUACUACGCUAAGUGAUAUAUUUUAAAAAUAUUUUGUAUAUAAUGCAACUGCUUUUGGUGCGUAAUAUUUUCUUUUCGGAAAAUGAAAUUGUCUCAAUUUAAGUAUACUGUAAAAAAUAUUUGUUUUGAAAGUAGUAGAGACAUCAUUAUAUUUUAUAUAGUUCAUGGGUAUGAAAUAAAAAGUGUGCAGUGGCAUAUCAUUGGGGAAGGGGUGUAGCGAAAAUUCGGAUUCUUAAAGGUGCGUUACUUGAGUUCAUGUUUUGUCAAGUAACUUUAGUAGAUGGGAAGUUCACCCAUUGCUGUCACCAGUGUUUGGCGGGCUAUAUCUAGAAUAUAUUUAACAUGGUAGUUGCAAAUUAUUUAAUACUAGCCAUUAUACCCGGGGUUGCUCGGGACUGCGUCCUGAUCCCAUUGGUAUCCCUAUCUCGCCAGUAUUCCGUCCCAAUGGCAUCCCGAUCCCGGUGGGAUCACCAUCCCUCUGGAAACCAAAUUCCUAUGUGAGCACGAUCCCAUCGGUAUUUUGACCCCAUGGUAUCCAGAUCCCAUUGGGAUACUGAUCCCGAUUAGAAUCCCAUUUUCAAAUGGGAUCCCAUAUCCCAUUGGGACUUUCUUCCUGGUAAGCUUAUGAAGGGUGUGUUUAAAGCAAAUACCUAUGACAGUCUAGAACUAAACUAAAAUUUCAAUACCCUUUUAGAUUCCAAUAUAUAUCGUCGUAGAACAAUAGACAUUCCUGUAACAUUCUAGAUUAAAUGUAAUAUCCUCCUUUAAACCUGUAACAAAAUUUUCUUCUAGGUAAUUAUUCUUCGAAUCUGAAAAAGUAUACAACUAAAUGCAUUACUAUAACUGCAGUACAUUCAAGUUGAAAGAUAAGUUAUGAAGUUAAAAUUUAAAAUUUGUCCCAUGAAAAUAUAUUUAAAAAUACCUUAGAUAUUGCUUUUUAAAAUUAUCAAACAUUCUGGACAGUUCUAGAUUGGAUACUAUUAGUUUUAAAUCCACCGAUAUUUCAAAAUGAAUAAUGACUGGUACUGCUACCAAGCUAGGCAUAGAUCCAUGAAUUCACAUAGAACCUAAAGUGUUGUCUAAGGCUAUUCAUAGUUAUAUAGCUUAUAUAAGGAAAAAUGAAAUGGGGCCCCGGCCCCAGAGACAUGGAUAUUAUAAGUUCAGUACCCUUUGGUAUUUGAAAAUGGAUACUCAAGUGUAUGUGUACUAAGUUUGGUCAAGAUCCAUCUAUUCAUGUAGGAGUAAGUUUUUAGUAAUUUUUUUUACAAAGCUCAUAUUGGAAGUUAUAAAAAGUUCAUAACCCCUUAAGAUUUCCUUCCGGAUAAUGAUGGAUAUAUGUGCCAAGUUUGGUCAAGAUCCAUCAAUCCAUGUAAAAGCCAUUGUGGAACAAACAGACAAACACGCAAACAAAUUUUCACUUUUAUAUGUAUAUUAUUAUAUGAUAUGAUAAUUAAAAUCAUAAAUAUUUAAUUUAAAAAAAAAAUAUAUUUUCUAUGUUAAAUUUCCAGCUGAUAAUCCAACAAUGGAAAUGCGUGAGUUUGUUCCUCCUAACUUUCCAACCAAUGGGCACAGAUGCAUGCUGAGAGACUCUGGAACAAGUCAGUCUGAGGAAAGCUUAGAUGGUGGGAGAAGUCUAGAUUUGGCUAGGCCAGUAGCACAUGCAGGACCGCGCUCAAGUCCCUUGAUAUUAACAAAGGAAAUAUAUAGUGCAAGCAAUGCAAUCAAAUUUAUUUGUAGACAAAUGAGGAACAAGGAAGAUUAUCAUACAGUAAGCAUAAUAAAUUGUUUUGUUUCACAUCUUUAAAAAAAAUAUGCAGAUGUUUUCUAUAUUUUUAACAAAAUAAUAUGUUCUUAGAUUUUACCAAAAAAAAAUUGAUGAAUAUUAUGUAUAAAAAGAGUUUUUAACAAUCUAUAAAUCUUUAGCAGCUUAUUUAAUUUUUUCAACAUCUCAUCUAAUAAUGGUCAAUUAUUGUCAUUUCAUUGUUUAAGUGUAGGCUACCAUAAUGCUUUUAAAUUAUAACAUAAAAUUUGUUUUCUCACCAAUCAAUCAUUGUUUUAUUAAAUGAAUUGAUGAGUUUAUAUUAAAUUUUAUAUAGCUUUAACCUUUAAAGUUAAUUUAUUGAGGCAUACAUCAUUUCUUUUUAAUUAGGUCCUUGAUGACUGGAAAUAUGUUGCAGCAGUUCUUGACAGACUCCUAAUGGUAAUUUUCAUCCUAGUUUCUCUUGGAGGUACUCUUGGUGUAUUAAUCAAUGCUCCUCACAUUCUGGAAACAGUGGACCAGGACCAAAUAUUAAAUAAAAUAAGGUCGAGGGUCAAUACUGGAUGAAUUACUUUGAAAGAGAUGUAAAAUUAUGUCAAUCCCUCUGUGAUACAGCUUCAAGUUGGCCAGAACAUAGUCAAAUAUGACAUCAUGAUCAACAUUUCCUUGCAGUUAAAAAAAAGCCACAUCCAGACAAAGCUGCUGCUGAUUUUUCUUUCUUCUAAGAGAAAAUUAUAUUAGUUAUGAAGAUUUUCUUCUGUUAACCAGAAAAAUUAUAUAUAUUAAUUUAAUAUUAUUUAAAAUAUGAAAGCUCUAUGUAUUUUUUAUAUAAGCUAAGAUGCUGAUAAAAUUUCAUGUCUAAGAAUGUUCAAGUACAUCAGCUUUUUCACCGUUCAAAUUACUACUUGAAAGGGAAUAGUUUUUUUUGUUGAGUUAUGUAAUUCAAUGAUAAAUAGAGGUCUACAUACAAUAAAAUAAUGGAAAGUGAUACAGAACAAUUUCAUGCCUUUUAAAUUAAUAUAAUAAUAUAAUGAGUUUAGUGGAGCAAAAACUUUAAACAAUGGAGUUUUUUAAUUUGCAUUAGUUGUACAAAUAUCAAAGCCUAUUUUCAUAUUUAGUUCAUAAGCAAAAGCGAGUAAUGAGUUAAACAUUAGAAUAUUUAUCAUUGCUUGCUGUACAUUUUCUGAUGUGAACCAAAAAUAAAUGGGCCAAUUUUUUUUUUUUUAAACUAGUGUACUAAAAAAAAAAUAGUUCUUCAUGCCUUGUGUUUUAGGUCUGUUUGUAAUAAUAUAUAGGGUAUUGAUUCCAAACUUUCUAUCAUAUUUAUCUUAAACAGCUCUAGUUUUUAAGAUAUUGUUGAAUCUCUAAAAAUUUAGUUUUCUCUUUAGAAGUCUUAUAAGGUCAAUUUUGCCAUAUUAGGAUCUCAUUACAUUUACAAAAUUUAAAUGGAUAAUAUACGUGUCUAUAUUAACAAAAUUUUGUGUGUAAAUGUAAAUAAAGACAUUGUUUACUUCCCUUUUAUUAUAAUAUGCAUUGCCAUAAAAUUGAUGAGUUCAAAGUGUAAAAUUGAAUUAUUUCUACUUUAUUAACUAAGUAUGGGCGGGGGAAUAUUUAGAUGUGAAAUUAUGAUCUUAUUAGAUUACAUAAAUGUUUUUUUCUAAAACUGUCCAGACUAAUCUGGUAAAACGCCCGCAAAUAGAUUUUAUUUCCAACAUGUAGGAAUCUGUACUGAGUUUAAUAAAAAUAAGUACAUAUAUAUGGUUAUCUGGUGCCAAGAUUGGAGAUCAAGAUAAACCAUGGGCUCCUCAUAUUGUAUACCAAAAUUGUACAGAGUGAUUACUCCAGUGACAAAUGCUUUCCUCGAGACUUGGCUAAGAGAAUGUACUUCACCCAGAGACAAACAUCACAUUUCAUAGGGGAUAGAAGGAUGUGCUACCAUUGUUUACUGGAGACAAGAUAAUAGUAUUGUGCAAAGAUAUCAGUAACUUUAUGUAGCAUAUUUUGUGUUCCAGAAUAUAUCACAUGUGUAUGGCAUCUCUUCAUAAACAUCAAAACGUAGAUUGAAAUGAAUUAUUUCAUUAAAUGGCAACAGAUUGGUUUCUUUUUCCAAAUGCUAAAACAUUUCUCAACAAACCUAAAAGUAAUGAAUGAGUAGCCACAAGUAAUUCCAAGCAACAAAAGCUUUAAAAAUUAAUUUUUGCACAAGCAAAAUUCAAAUUUUCUAUUAGUUGCAAAUGCCCAAGUGAAGACCUUAUAAAAAAUUUAGAUACUGAUGUCCUUUGAUAAAUCUGUCAUUCUGUGCACGUUCCCUUAGGGAAUCUGUACCUGGAUGCACAAGUACCAGAU